AUGUUUUGGGGCUGUAUCUCAUCACAAGGUGUUGAAAGACUUGUUGAGGUAGAAUCAACUAUGACAGCAGCAUCUUAUAGGCAGAUUUUAUCACAAAAUCUUUUGGCAUCUGCACGUGAAAUGAGACUUGAUGAAUUUAUAUUCAUGCAAGAUAACGACCCAAAGCAUACUGCAAGGCUUGUUAAUGAUUGGUUCGAUGAAAAUGACAUUGAUGUUUUAGAAUGGCCUCCACAGAGUCCUGAUCUAAAUCCUAUUGAGGCUGUGUGGGCUUAUAUAAAGUUUAAAUUAUCAAAAAUAGGAAAAUUAAGUAAAAUUGAAUUAAGAGAAAAAAUUCAAGAUAUAUGGUAUUCUCUACCUCAAACACUAAUAGCAAAGUAUGUUAAAAGUUUUCAUAAACGUGUUUUAGAGGUUUUUAAAGUAAAAGGUAAUAACACUAAAUAUUAA